AUGGGCAACUCCAACUCCUCCCCAUCAGACUCACCCAACAACACAGACAUCAACAAGACGGACGAGAAAAAGAGUGUCUACCGACGCUACGAAGACAAGAAGCGCGGCCCGGGCCUCACGGACGAAGACAUCCUCAAGUACACCGGCAAGACGCGCGACCAGCUCAACGCCUGGGCCGAGACGCAGCCCGGCGUGGGCAAGAACCAGCCCGCGGGCAAGAUCAGCGUCGGGUCGGCGUCGGGCUUCGUCGGCGCGGGCGCGGGCGAGGGGCUGGGCGGAUGGGGAGCGGAGGGGACGAGGAAGAUGAAGUUUCCGCCCCAGCCGGCGACUGUGAAGAGUGUUGGGGAUGAUUCGGAUGAUGAGUAG